UCACUACUUGCGUAGCGUACAAGUCUCCGAGGCCAGCGCACCUGGCUAGUCAACACUGACUGGGCUACGAUACCGGCGGCAGGUGCUGUGUUGUCGCUCGUAGCCGCCACUUCCCACCUUCGGGUUGUGUCUCCAACGCUGUUUUGUGGUGCUUAAACCUUGAAUAUUGUGCUGAAGUGCUGACUUGCCCAAAAGUACAGUGAUGACUCAAACAGCUGAAAUGCAGUAAAUAGAACAGACCUGAAAAGAAAAGAAACUAUUCUGAAGACGCCAAAUAUUGUUCGUAUAGUGCAAAUAAAGUGUUCUCAAGAUGCCGAAGAUUUUCUUGAUCAAGGAGCGCUUGCAGGAGCAGCAGACGAGGCUCCUUGAAGCACAGAAGGCGGGCGCGGCGCUCGAAGAUGAUCGUGGACGCAAUGAUGUCAGCGGCUUCAGAGACUCGUCCUCCUCCCUGGAUAUGCGGAGGGACAGGUCGCUGCCCAGGAUAUUUCACAUGGACACGUCCUCCCCGCCGCCGCGGAAGGAGAGCGUCUCCCAGCCCCUCGACCUCGCGCGAGAGAGUCGCCUCGACCUGGUGCGGGAGGACAGAUUGAACUUGUCACGAGAGAGCCGACACGAUAUCUCACGCGACGGCCGGCUCGACCUGUCACGAGAGAGCCCCCUCGACCUGGAGCAGGACAACUGCUCCCUCGACCUCCGGCUGGGAGACAGGUCCCGCGAGAGGCGCCCAACGAGUCCCAGAAGUCCCUCCCGGUAUACGUCUCCGCACCUGCUGGAGGAGCACCCCGAGGACCAGCCGCUCUCGCUCACCAUCCGGGACAGAGAUGACGAGACCUGCUACUGGCGCGAGGACGCGCGCGCCGCCAGCCCGGGCCGCUUGGACUCGGCCGCGGAGGCGCCCCGCCGCACGCUGCCGCCCAUCAGCCGCAUCCUCCCCAGGCCACUCGUGGGGCGCUCCCGCUCGCCCUCCAUGCCCGUCGCCGACAUGCUGUGCCCCCCGCAGGAGACGCCCCUGGACUGCCACGUCCCCCGCCGCUCCGUGUCCCCACGCCUCCCCCCCUUCUCCGACGUCCGGCGCCACCAGCGCGCGCCGUCCCCCAUGGAGUACGACCACCGGCCGUCGCGCUACCACGACGACCACGCGCUCCCAUACGACCUCACGACUCGCAGGUCGCGGUCGCCCAGAACGAUCUCUCCGCAGUCCCUCCCACCGGUGCUGGCCUCCAUGCGGCUGCGCGAGUGCACAAAUGCCGAGGACGGCGGCGGCCAGGGCAGCGGAGGCGGCCCGCCCCCCAGCCAGCACGGCAGCAGCUCCGGCGGCGGAUACAUGGACACGUCGCAGACGUCGCUCACCUUCUUCGGGUCUCUGGGCCUGGGUGGCGACAAGGACGGCCUCGGCGGCGCUGACGGAGGCGGCGGCGGCGGCCAAAUGCCCUCCGGCAUCUCCAGCAUAGAGAGCGCCUCCCAGCCGCCGCCUCUGCCGUCGCCCGUGGAGCCGCACGUGUACUCCCUGCCCGAGCACUGCCGCAGCAUCCCCCUCACCGCCAACGACACCUCCCCCUCCUUCCCGGCGCCCUCGCACUUCAGGGAGAAGCACCUGCAGCACCUCCAGCACCAGCAGCAGCAACACCAGCUACAGCAACACCAGCAUCAGCAGCACCAACAGUCACUGCAGCUUCAGUUCCAGCAGCAGCAGAUGCAGACCCAGACGCAGACGCAGCCGCAGUACACGGUGCCAGUGCCCUCCCCGUCGCCGCUGCCCGUGUCCCCGCCCCUCAGCAGCGCCACGUCGCCCCUCACCGUGGCCACGACGACCCUCCGCUCCCCUCCCGAGGCGCAGACGUACGAGCCGCUCACCACACAAACGCAGGUCCCACUCGUGUCGUCGACGGACCUCCAGAGCGGCUGGAACGAGCGCUCGCCGACGUCGCCGCAGUACCAGACCAACUACGCGAGCCGCCCCUCCCCCGGCGGCAGUUCCAUCAUGGACGCCUCCUCCCCGCCGCUGCAUGACAUACAGCAUGAAGUGCCGCUUCAGGUUCGAGUGUCCAUAUUGCAGCAACGCCUGGGACUUCCGGAGGACACGCCCCUCGAGUUCGUCAACGGAGGCCACGGCAUCAAGAACCCGCUGGCGCCCUCGACCGACACCACGAGGCAGGAUGUCAACGAGAAGCUGCCACCGCCAGUUAUUGAAGACGACAGCAGCAAGUUCGUGUGCCGCGUGUGCUCGAAGACCUUCAGCCUGCAGAGGCUCCUGAACCGCCACAUGAAGUGCCACUCGGACGUCAAGCGCUACCUGUGCACCUUCUGCGGCAAAGGCUUCAACGACACCUUCGAUCUCAAACGCCACACCAGAACUCACACUGGUGUGCGGCCCUACAAGUGCAACCUGUGCGAGAAGUCGUUCACACAGCGCUGCUCCCUGGAGUCCCACUGCCUCAAGGUCCACGGCGUGCAGCACAGCUACGCCUACAAGGAGCGUCGUUCCAAGGUCUACGUAUGCGAGGAGUGCGGCCACACCACCGGGGAGCCCGAGUGCCACUACCUCCACCUCAAGGACAACCACCCCUACAGCCCCGCCCUCCUCAAGUUCUACGACAAGAGGCACUUCAAGUUCAACAACUCCAACUUCACGAACGUGCUCCUCAUGAGUCAAACAUAGGCGCUAACUUAGGUCGAGAGAGAAUGUGUGAUGUUGAUAGGCAACGUUAUGUUAGAUGCUUGUAAAGUCAGCUGUCCUCCCGGGGCCUCGGGAUGCAAGGGGCCGUGGCUCUUCUCCAGCCUGAGAGGCGAGCCGAGAACCACGGCGCCGCGAGCCACGCAGGACGCACGAGCCAAGGACACCACUGCCUUCUGGCGCGCCUCUGACGACCGUCGGCCUGCAGAGCGAGCCGCGGUCGGUGCUGGGUAUCUGCCGAGAACUGGAUCCUCGGGCGCAGACUAAUCACAUGAUGCUUGAACCCUGAGUUCUUCCUCAUAUCCAGCAGAUUUUUUUCGAGAGACUUUAAAACAAAUAUACCUCGCUGGCUACUGCGUGGUGCGUAUUUUUGUAUUCUGCUUGACAAAAACAUUUAAGGCAUUAUUAAAUAAUCAUAUGUAGAUAUAUUUGAUCAUGGAAAGUUCAUAACUUUUCUCUAGAUUCACGUGUGUGUCUAUAAUACAAGUUUAUCAGCCUUGGUGUUUACGUGUAGGCUGUAUGAAACAGAAUAUGCGGAUAAAUAUAAGACACGACGUAGUUUUUGGCACUACAAGUGUCUAGGUUUAAUGUGGAUUCGUUGCAAUAUAGAUUUUAAGAUAUUGCUGAACCAAUGACAGUCAGGCUGCAUCGCCUUCUUGCAAGAACGUGCAGUCAUGCCAAUGUCUAUAGACUUCUUAUUGCUAUACUUCCUCUAUGUACUUGAACAAAAGAUAUAUAUAUAUAUAUCAUCCUUUCGCAAACUUUUCGCUAUUUUAUAAUAAAUAGGAAAAAAAAACAAGACGAAAAGAAAACGAUACUCUCAUUUUUAGCAUGAUACUGAUCUCCGGAUUACUCCAUGGGCAUUAGUGGAACAUGGUGCUCCUCCAGUAACGAAGCAAAUACCUACCAAUGAUAUUUACCUCAACAGUCUCAGAGGCCGUUCCCAGCAAACCGGGAUGCGAUGGUCAGAGGGUAAUUAUUAUUAUAAUUAUUAUUAUUAUUAUUAUUCUCCUCUCUCUCUCUCUUUCUCUUAUAAUCUCUCUCUCUCUCCGUAAACAAAAGAUUGUUUUUUAAAAGCGUUUGGUAGUACCGUACAAAACGUUAUCUUUUGUGAUUCCCCCACGUAAAGACGGUAGGCAAUGCCCCCCCUCCCCCUUCCCCUCCUCCAUCCUCCCCAUCCCCCCUUUUUUUACGAUAAUGGUUAGGUCUUAGCGAUAAUUUUUUGCCGUAAAAAAGGAAUUUGGAAAAAAAAGAAGAGAGCUGGGUAGCAAAUUUAUAUUUAAAAAAAGGUGCGUCCCUCUUGUCAACACACCAUGGCAGGCAGUCGCAAUGUUAAGUGAUAGUAGUCUGUAGUCAUUUCCCUAGGUGAUUUUUUUCGAUCUUGAAGUGAUUCUGCCGGUGAAGUACAAUAUCUGAAGUGUAAAUAAGGUGUACAUAGUGAUCUUUUAGUGUGGUAUUUUUUAUAUAUAUAUAUGGCGCAAAGCUUAUCUUCCGCGGAGAAUAAAAAAAAAAACAUAGAGAAUUAAAAAGCUUAGGUGGGCUGUGUUCCCGAGUGACAUUUACGGCGCCAUAUUAACCUGAAUGGUAUAUAUUGAUCGAAAUAUAAAUAAAUAGAUAAAUAAAUAAAAAAAAAACUUCUGGGGUUCGAUUUUAGAAAUUUAUGAAUACAAGCGCUGUUACUGAUAUGAUUAAAGAUUUCUAAGAUUGUAUUACUGGAUUGUGAUAGAUACCUUUUUUUUUCCCCUUGAUGAUAGAUGAUAGAUGUUGAUAAUUAGUCAAGUGUUUUGUUAGAUGCAAUCCUUUUGGCAUUACCUGUAUCUCAUCCAUAUGUGUGUUUUUUUUUUUCUUUUUU